AUGGAAAUUCCAAAAAUCUUGGAGAAUCUGAAUGAUUAUCAUCAGAACGCCUAUGAGAAAAAUGAAAUACUCAGCUUUGGAGAAGAUCUCAAAGCUCUAAUCACAGAAUCAACUAAUGGCCGUCAAGCUUUCUGCCCAGAUAUAACAGCCAACAACAUGAUUAAACGACUAAAUAAUUUACUCCCAAAGUCAUCAGCCAAAGCCUUAAAUCUUUUCAAUAUGCUCGCAAAGUACUCAAACAUCUGCAAAGUCUAUGCAAAUAUCCCACCGACCCUUGUAAGAUAUGAAGGCAAAAUGUAUUUAUUGCAAACAAAAAAAGAUACAAAGAUAAUCCAAUCCAAACAAUGCACAGAGCAUGAAUUUUUCAGCCUUCCAAGUAUGGGAAAUGAUAAUUAUUUCCCUUUAUUCUGCUAUAAAAUAUCAGGGAAAAAUCCUGUCACGUUAUUUUCAGAAGAAAGUGCUUUGGAGUUAUGAAAUUCAUCGUUUACUGCUGCAAUAAUUCAGAGCUAUGUACAGAAUAACGCUAAUCCUAUUACAAUUAUCAGGGUGUUGUGGAGAAAAGGAUUUAAAAAUAAAUAUUAUACCUCAUUCAUCUAAAAGGAUUGCCAUAUGCCUGAAGUCUUCUUGGACGGUUGGGGGGCUUCACCAACUUUUGGAAUGGCAAAUCGACCAAAUAAUCAGAUUUGUCAUUUCAAGGCUUGGUGAAAACCAAACUCCAACCGUCUUGGGAGGUGUCGAGCAUAUGGCAAUCCACUUAGGCGGAUGAGCUAUACACUAUUACAAAUCGGAAAAAAGUUGUGAAAAAAUUAUAGUUUGUAAGAAGACUGGGGAUACUUGUGGAGGAUUGGAGGCUGUUUUUAUAAAAAAAUAAGAUCAAUAGAUUAUUUUUUAAGUUUUUAAAUAGUUAAGUGAUUAUACACAAACAGCCUAGCAAUUCUUCUAAUCCAACUCAUAGACGAGGAGGACUAAGCAAACAAUCAACCGAUCUAAUUAGCCAUCAAGCCUCAAUAUCUCCAACCCCAGAGCCAGAUCCUGAUCCGUUUCCUUUGCCUGUACCUCUGAAUCGGAAUAAUCGGCGAAAGCACUUAACAAUGUGCCCUUUUGAGUGGCAAGAAGAAGCUAUGCAUCAUGACUCUUUGAAAUCUCUAUACUCAAUAGCAUUAAUAACUGCACCACCAAGUAUACUUCUUUUCUUGGAGUGACGCUGCAAGCGCAGGCCACUCCAUGUGGAAUUCCUGUGUUGGUUUAACCAACAUAGGAGUUGGUCGAACCAAGACUGUGCGUUGGUUCGACCAACCCAUGAAUUCCGCAUGGAGUGGCCUGCGCUUGCAGCGCCACUCCAAGGAAGUUUUCUAUAGCCAUGCAAGCUCUAAUUAUUUAUCAAAAAAAAUCAAUUUAAAUCUUAAUAUAUGAAUUAUUAAAGCCAUUCUUAUAUGUUUGGUAUAUUUAAGAAUAAAGAAACCGACGGUUACAGCCCAAUCACAACGAGAAGCAUCCCUCAUUGACAAGUCGAAUCAAGCGAAGAAUUUUUUGUGUUGACCCGAAACACCGAAAGCUGCUAUGCCUGCAAAAGCUCCACCAGAAUAAACGAAAUCGAGUUCAUGGUAGACCAAAUCGUGGAUUUCCUCAAUUCUCAAGCAUUUCAGCGUAAUGAGCUUAAAGGGAUUGUGAUUGAUUUUUUAAAAGACAAAAAUAACAGCUGAGUUUUAUUAGACAGCCGAGAACACUGCACUGACCAAAACAACGAAAAACUGAAAGAAAAAAAGACCUUAUUAAGACUGGAAACACCAAAAAACUCGUUAAAUCUACCAAAAAUAGAAGUGCACCAGCCAAGAUGUGAAUCGGAAACCAGAUUUUUAACACCUACAGCUGAAGAAAAUUCCAGAUUAGAAGUUGAGCCUGAAACUUGUCCAUUUAAAAUACGAUCUAAGCCAAGAAGAUUUGAGUCUUCUUCAUUGACAGAAAGAGAUUUUAUGGAAAGGCUGAACAGGAUUAAUGAAAAAAUACACCACCCGACUGAGCUUGAAACACCUAGGAAUCCAUUCUUUUUGAUAUAAAUAGACAAUUGUCAAGGAAAUUAUUAUAAUGGAAAAAUGAAAAUAAUUUGGAUAAUUUAUUAUCAUAUAAAGAAUAUUUAUAUCAGGGAGAGAAGAAGGGAUCAGCUAUUAUGUGAAAAAUUUUAAUAACCAAAAUCCCUCAUAUAGAGGAACACCAGUCCCAAAUACUUCUCGCAUUUUUAGUGAGUCAAGAUCAUAUUUGCACACAGACCAACUGCCAAUUGUGGAUAGUCAGCUGGUUUAUAUUAAAAAACAUUUCACAGAAGUGAUUGAUCAUCUUGAACAAAUGAAAACAAAUGUGAGAGCAGCCAAAGUUAAGCAGCAAAAUAUCGUCAAAAAAUACGGUGGGGCUGAGUUUUGGAAUAAAUUUAUUAUUUCGUUAUAUAAAAAAGUGCUGGCAUGUGAUAUUUUAAACAAGCAUUUCAAAGACUGCAAAAUGGAGAGUUUUGAAAAAAUCAUUAUAGGGAUGUUUAAGAUUAUUCAAGGAAAUAUUAAUUUAGAUUUAAGAAGAAGACUUAGGGUAGCUCACUAUGCGAAAGGGAUUAGUGAAUUAGAGUUCAACUGCUAUGUUGAUAUUUUUGAGGACACAAUAGUGGAUUUCAAUAUCAUUGAAGAAGAUAGACAAGGAAUUAUGUCACAAAUAAGAUCAAUGAAAAGUCUAAUAUGUAAGUCAACCCUUUAA